GAAAUAAUUUGUGUAACAAUCAUUUCAGGGCCGAAAGAUGUCGAAAACAUUGGGGAAUGUAAUAGAUCCAUUAGACACAAUCAAGGAAUAUGGCACAGAUGCUUUAAGAUUUACAAUUGCUCUAGGGACUGCUGGCCAGGACCUUAAUUUAUCCACUGAGAGGUUGACAUCCAACAAGGCCUUCACUAAUAAACUGUGGAAUGCUGGAAAGUUUGUAUUGCAGAAUUUACCCAGUCAAAGCGAAGCAUCAACUUGGGAAAAUAUACUUUCUUAUAAGUUUGAUAAAGUGGAUCUCCUAGACAAGCUACCCUUACCAGAAUCUUGGGUGAUUUCAAAACUUCAUUUGCUUAUUGACACAGUCACCGCAAGCUAUGACAAAUUUUUCUUUGGAGAUGUUGGAAGAGAGACGUAUGAAUUCUUUUGGGGUGAUUUUGCUGAUUGGUAUAUAGAGGCCAGCAAAGCUCUUUACCACUCUGGUGGUGAUUCAGUUGCUUCUGUCACACAGGCAGUUCUAUUGUAUGUUUUUGAAAACAUACUUAAAUUGCUACACCCCUUUAUGCCAUUUGUGACCGAGGAACUCUGGCAGGCACUCCCCUUUCGGAAAGAAGCUCUUAUUGUAUCUCCAUGGCCACUGACUUCACUUCCAAGGCAGAGCAACUCGAUUAAAAAGUUUGAGAAUUUACAGGCAUUGACUAGAGCUAUCAGAAAUGCUCGAGCAGAAUAUUCUGUUGAGCCUGUAAAGCGUAUAUCAGCAUCAAUAGUUGCAAAUGAAGAAGUCACUGAAUACAUAAUGAAAGAAAAGGAGGUUUUAACUCUUCUGUCCAGGCUGGAUUUGCAAAACGUCCAUUUUACAGAUUCUCCUCCAGGGAACGCGGAUCAAUCAGUCCACCUUGUAGCUGGUGAAGGACUAGAGGCAUAUCUCCCUCUUGCUGACAUGAUUGAUAUUACUGCCGAAAUCCAACGCCUAUCUAAGAGACUUUCCAAGAUGCAGGCGGAAUAUGAUGGACUUAAAGCUCGGCUCAGCUCUCCUAAAUUUGUAGAGAAAGCUCCUGAGGAUAUUGUCCGUGGAGUGCAAGAAAAGGCGGCAGAAAAACAGAAGAGAAGCUUACUUACUCUCACCAAAAAACCGUUUAGCAUUACUCGAAUCAAGUGUUCUGGUCACAUAAUAAGACCCUCUGCCUGUCAUCUAUAG